AUGAUGGUAUCAUCGAUAUCCGUUUCCUCAUCCGUCCCCACAUCUGACGUUUCGCAAAACUCUAUACACAAACGAUCACAUGUAGGACACAUCUAUAAAAGAAGUCCUGGAAAAUGCAUACGACGAAGAAGGAGUCCUCAGCAGCAGCUUGUUCAAGGACCGCCUCAAGGACCACCACCUCAAGGUCCACCUCAAGGAUUUCCUCAAAGACCACCUCAAGGACCACCUCCAGGAUUUCCUCAAGGUCCACCGCCUCAAGGUCCACCACCUCAAGGACCACCUCAAGGAUUUCCUCAAGGACCACCUCAGGGACCACCGCCUCAGGGACCACCUCCAGGAAUUCCAGGUGGUAUUCCUAGAGGUGUUCCACGUAAAGGUGGUAAUACUGGACUGAGUGCUGUUGAUCAAGACUGUCUUGAUGCUCAUAAUGAAAAGCGUGCUUUGGUUGGUGUCCCUCCACUUGGAUGGUCACGCAACCAACAAGAGAGUGCUCAAAGAUGGUCCGACACGAUGUUCCGAACAAAAGUUUACGAGCAUUCACGCCCUGGUGAAAAUCUUAACAAGGCUUGGAACAUGGCAAUGACAUGUCGUUCAUCAAUCCAGGUAUUCUUUGAUGAAUACACGCUUUAUAGCGGCCAACCGAUUCCUAAAAAUGCAAAUAGUGAUGCUGCAUUUGAGGCAUACGGACACUAUACUCAGCUGGUGUGGCCAUCUACCACUGUCGUGGGAUGUGGCCUUGCUGGUACUUUUGAGGAAAGUUACCUCACUUGCCACUACGACCCUGCAGGCAAUGUCGAAGGUCAAGCCGCCCCCGUCUAUAAAGUGUAAACAGAUUGUAGUUAAAAUUAGUUGAUCCUUGUUUUAGUCUGCUCUCAUCGCUUUACCUUUUGGUGGGUAUCUGAGCCUAACGCUUGGGUACUUUGUCUUAUUUGCCUCCCUAUUAUACUUAAACAUGAUGCUGAAUUUAACAUGCCUCAGUGCUAGAUAAGAUCAUCAAGAUUACGUCUUUUACUUUUCUGUUAACCAGACUCUCAUUUUGUUUAUCGACUUAAUAAAUUCUUGGCUGUCU